UCUAGGUGUCUGGAGAGUUAGUUCCCUUGCUCUGUGAGAGAGGAGAAAAGAGAAAGAACACCGGCUGCAGCAGACCGAGAGAAGCUGCUGUUCCGACCAUGGUGAAAACAUGCCUGCUGCUACUACUGGUGCUCUUGGAGCUGGAUCAGGCCCCGGGAGCCCUUCACAGGGUGCCCCUCCAGAGGCAUGAGUCCCUGCGGAAGAAGCUGCGGGCUCAGGGCCAGCUCACCGACUUCUGGAAAUCCCAGAACUUGGACCUGGACCAGUGCUCCACCAUGCAGGGUUCCAGCGAGCCCCUCAUCAACUACCUGGAUAUGGAAUACUUUGGCACUAUCUCCAUCGGCUCCCCACCACAAAACUUCACCGUCAUCUUUGACACCGGAUCCUCCAAUCUCUGGGUCCCCUCUGUCUACUGCACCAGCCCGGCCUGCAAGACUCACCCCGUGUUCCACCCUUCCCUGUCCAACACGUACAGCGAGGUGGGGAAUCCUUUCUCCAUUCAGUACGGGACUGGAAGCUUGACCGGGAUCAUCGGAGCCGACCAAGUCUCUGUGGAAGGACUCACUGUGGUUGGCCAGCAGUUUGGAGAAAGUGUCAAAGAGCCAGGCCAGACCUUUGUGCAUGCGGAGUUUGACGGAAUUCUGGGCCUGGGCUAUCCCUCCUUGGCUGCUGGAGGGGUGACCCCCGUGUUUGACAACAUGAUGGCCCAGAACCUGGUGGCUCUGCCAUUGUUUUCUGUCUACAUGAGCAGUAACCCAGGUGGCUCGGGCGGCGAACUGACUUUCGGAGGCUAUGACCCCUCCCAUUUCUCGGGGAGCCUGAACUGGGUCCCGGUCACCAAGCAGGCCUACUGGCAGAUUGCAUUGGAUGGAAUCCUGGUUGGGGACAGUGUGAUGUUCUGCUCCGAGGGCUGCCAAGCCAUUGUGGACACAGGGACGUCCCUCAUCACCGGCCCGCCCCCAAAGAUCAAGCAGCUGCAAGAGGCCCUUGGGGCCACAUAUGUGGAUGAGGAGUAUGCUGUGGAGUGUGCUAACCUCAACAUGAUGCAGGACGUCACCUUCGUCAUCAACGGGGUCCUCUACACGCUCAGCCCAACUGCCUACACCCUGCUGGACUAUGCCGACGGGAUGCAGGUCUGCAGCACUGGCUUCCAAGGCCUGGAAAUCCAGCCUCCCGCUGGGCCCCUCUGGAUCCUGGGGGAUGUCUUCAUCCGACAGUUUUACGCCGUCUUUGACCGUGGGAAUAACCAAGUGGGGCUGGCGCCGGCAGUCCCCUGACUAGGGUUUCGCCUCCAUGCCCAGCCACCCGACCCUUCCUGGGCCUCUUGAGUUGGGGCAUCCUUUACACUUGUUAAAAAGUCACUUUCCAUAGAAUGCAGACAUUCCCAAGGUUUCGAUUUAAAUUAGCACCGAACAGACCAGGAGAACACGCGUGUGCGCACCCGCACGCACACACACACACAUCCCUCCACCAUCAUCAUAAUGGAGGAAUUCUGUCCUUUACUGCUUUUGUUGAUUUUUCACUGUGAAAAUCUCCAAACACACACACAGGCAGAAGCCGUAGAACAAUAAAUCCCUGUGUACCCCAGCCAGCUUUUCGACCCCCACACACGUGGGUAGCCCCCUUUCCCUACACCACUCCCCACUUCCCUCUCCCGCUGCAUGUACCUGAAUUAUUUUGAGGCAAAUCCCAAGAAGCAUGUCUUUUUAUCCAUAAACAUUUCUAACAGCCUUAGAUGAUCAGAACUCAAACAUCUCCCAUUGUCUCACACAUGUGUGGCUGUUUUUUACAGGUGGCUAGUUUGUAUCAGGGUCUAAACACAAUCCAUGAGCUGCUUAUUUGAAAUGUCUCUUAAACCUCUUUUCUUCUGUAGUGUUUGUCCCAGUCAGAAUUUUGCUGGUGUCAUUUAACGUGGGUCUUUGAGCCCAUCUUUCCCAUGAAGUGGUAGUUACAGCCGGAAGUCUGAAUUGGAGGCACAAACACAUCAUGGUGGUGCUGGGUACUUCCUGUCAGGUCCCCUCAGGAAGUGGGUAAUGCCAAGUGCCUCUCCAUUGGCAGAGUCAACACUGAUGCGUGGACUUGGAGUUGUCAACCUUUGCUAUCUACUGCGACUUUUCCUUCACCGUCCUACCUCAUAGUUCUAACAGUUAGUGACGAUCAUUCGGGGAAUUGUCAGGGAACAGAUCUCUACUCAGGAGGGUGAAUCUCAUCAAAGACAAAAGGCCCUUGAGUAAAAAGGAUUUGUAACUUUCCCUCUAAAGCAAAGCACCCGAGAACCAAGGGGAGCUAAGAGUUAUGUAGCACCCCUGCAAGCACCUUCUCUAGGGUCCCUCCUGCAGGGGGGGGGCCAUCUGGAGCCGCAGGUGCUGACCAAAGUGAUCCCAAAGCCACACCCACUGGAUCUGCUGAAUGGAGGAACAGGAGAGCGACUGUCUGCACAAUAGCCUGCCAGCCCUGUUACAGAAAUGUUUCUACAGCCUGGCCCCUUGUCCCCACUCCCCUGGGCACUGCUGUUCACCAAGGGUUUUCAAGAACAUCGGGGCAGAUGCUCUGAUCCUAGUCAUGCCUCCCUCCCCCCACACCAGAGCUGGACUGAUUAAUACUGCAGAGUCCUGGCUCCAGUUCCCAGCUUCCUCACUCUGCCUGAGCUUCCCAGGCAUUCCUUGCUGUGCACCAAAUGACAUCCAGUUGCCAGGGCUUUGGGGUGCUCCAGAGCCUGGCCCCAGUUUGGCCCCCUCCUCCAUUUCCAUCCAGCCCAUUCCAACCAAACUGAACCCCCAUCCAGUCACGAGCACACUGUGCUCCCAGGGGUCUCUCUGCCCCACCCAGCAGAGGAGCAAGCAAGUCCCCAAACCGGCUCUUCUAGCCUUGGGGUAACGGUGAAGAGACGUUAAGGAUGAUACUCAGAAGAACCAGAUGAAAACCUCCGGCACGGGUGCAUGAUUACCGUGAUCAGCUGGGACCUGAAGCCCACUGUGCACUCUGUCUUCUGCCACCUGAAGGCUCAGCACCUCCUCUGCCCACCCUCAGCUGGAACCUGUGGCCUCCUGCAGCACCCUGCACAACUGGGCAUGCCUGUGCCCAGGCCUCCUUGGAGCCCAGUACAAAUCCCCCUCUCCUAAGGAAGGUGGGCACAUUCCACCUCUAGCUCCUCAGGCCUCUUUACUCGCACAGUGUCUGUCCUACUGUUAAAACUCAGGUAUCUAUUUUUGAGUCCCCAGUAUCUGGCCUACUAAAUUAUGGAAUGAACGAAGGCAUGUGUGGUGGGGACCUCAGGCCUCCUCUGCAGGACAGAGGUUGGCUGCAAUUUGUAUCAGAGUAAGGAAAGGGAAGUUGCUGACUUUUGAUCUGUUUGGAUGGAGGAAGUGGGGGCUGGAGCUGAUGGUGGCUGGUGACUUGGCUUCCAAAGGUACUGGGGACGGUUCUGCAAACGUCCCCCAAAAGAACAAGUUUCAGAAACAGUAAAGGCCAGUGGGUCACUUCCUGUAUCCCAAAGUCUCCUACAGCGGCAGUCCCAGGACAGUUCCAGCUUUUCACAUCCCCCCCAUCUGACACACACACCACACACACACACACACACACACACCCCACAUACACACGCAUGUUGAUACAUGUUGAUUUAAAACCUGGUCUCAGAAAGAAAUAGAAUAUGGGGGAACACAUCUAAAUGGUAACAAUUGAAGAACAAAUCAGCUGUUACAAAUCAGUGACUUUCUUGAGGGCGGAUUGAUGCACCCUUUUCCAAAAAAAUCAAAAUAGAAAAUUUUGGGUAAACACACUCUGGAAAAUUUUUCCAACUUUCCUGUGUCCUGUCCAAUAUUCGAUCUCGUGGAAAUCAUUAUGUCUUCCCUCCAGGCAUGCUUGCCAGCUGA